GACAGCACGAGAAGCUGAUUGGAUGGCKCGGGGAGACGGGAACAGCCCCUGUCCUUUUAUAGGCGACCCCCGUCCCACUUGUGCGUAAAAAAACGCUACUGGGCACGGCUGACAGGCGCAACAACUCUCACAGUGGAGACCUCACGCUCGAGCCGCUGCGUUUCACCACAAGGGCCACGCCGACGUGCAUGGCCCCCAGCCUCUUUUGUCAUACGAUGAAUCGUGCGCAGCCUGGGUCACCGUCUCAAGACGCCAAACUGCAGCUUCACCAAAUGGAGGAGAGCGCGGAGGGCGCGGAGAGCGACGAGCUCCAGCCGAAAGACAUGACCACGGAUAAAGGAUACAAACUGCAGCGGAGCAGCCUGCCCUUCAGCGUCGAGUCGCUGAUUUCGAAGAAGAGCACCUGUCGGACUUCUUAUCCRGCCUUCGAUUCGGCGGCGGCGCCGCCGACGACGACGACGGCGGCGGCGCCCGGGGCCGGUCAGGGCGCGCAGUUCUCUCCGAGGACUUUUUACGCGGAGAGGAAGCUUUCCGGGGAGAGUUCGCAGGGAGUUGCCAAGAGCUCCGGGGAGGACUGCGCGCAGUUUUGCGAGAAAGAGCAGAGCACUUGGUUCCAGACGUCCUCCUUCUCGACACCUCCCCGGAGCUCUAGUCCGACCCAGUGUACCCUAAGGAAGCACAAAAACAACAGGAAACCUCGCACCCCGUUCACUACCUCCCAGCUGCUGGCGCUGGAGCGCAAGUUCCGCCAGAAGCAGUACCUCUCCAUCGCCGAGAGAGCCGAGUUCUCCAACUCUCUCAACCUUACGGAGACUCAGGUCAAAAUCUGGUUCCAGAACCGCCGAGCCAAAGCCAAGAGACUGCAGGAGGCCGAGCUGGAGAAGUUCAAGUUGGCCUCCAAGCCCGUCCUGCCCGCGUUCGCGCUGCCUUUCCCCCUCGGAGCGCACAUGAGCUCUCCGUCGUGGGGCCCGUCCAACGUCUUUCCGAGGCCCAGCCUGCCGGUCCCGGGACUGUUCAGCGGACCCGUCACCUAUGGGAUGUACUAUUUGUCUUAGGAUCUCCAGGAAGGGGAUGAGAAAAAAAAUACUUUGUAUUAUUAAAAAAACAAACAAAAAAAAACUCAAAGUCAAGUUGGGAUUUUUUUCUUUUCUUUAUUCUUUUUUUUAACAUGCGCGCAUUUCUGGGACUAAAAUGACAUAAAUUUCUGCCCACUUCAGUUUUAAAUUCCCAGAAAAAAAAAAGAAUGAAAUAAAAUCCUUGAAAUGCCUUACUUUAGGUGAUCCACUGUGGUUCCGCAAUAAUAUAAAAGUGGACGCUUAAAUUGGAAAAAGAGGGAAAUGAAACAGCAAAGUACUUAUUAUUCGGUGUCUGUGCCUUAUGAAAGUGUCUUUAUUGUCACUUGAAGUAUUUUUUUUUUUUACCAUUUUGUUACCCAACAUUACCUGUGUGGUUUUCCAGUGAAGCUGCUGAAAGGAUUGAUAUUUUUAACAGCAGCUCCUGUCAAGUUUUAUAUUUUGUAAUUAAAAAUUAUAAUAAUAAUAAACAUAAAAAGGGACCAAAUUCUAUUUUAGUAAAUGGUAUUAGUUUUUUAAACAUUCACAAUGUGGCCUUAAUGGGUACUAUAGUUUUUUUUUCUUCUUUUUUGCUGUAAUUGUAAAUAAAAUGUGUAGCGUUCAAGAAAAAAAAGCGUUGCAGCGUCGUUGGAAGCGCAGGGAAAGUGGUAUUUAUUGAAUGUCUUUGUAUCUGUACUGUGUACAUUUCUUUGUAAAGAAAACUGACUUUAGUAAAUAAACAUUUAAAGACU